UCUAUCCGCACUCCCCAAGACCCUAAUGCGAAUAAGACGGCUAAGACCCCGCUCUCGGCUCGUCUAACGGCAUUACGGCGCAAGUGCAAGAAAUGAGGUUUUCCUGGAGUUACACCGUACACGAUACCCGAACAGUCAAUAUCCUAGGACAUCUUGCUCUGCCCAGAUCGAUAUGUUGUACCGAUAGUCCGAUGCGGUCGGUCCCAUCCGACAAGUUGCUAUUAGGGCAGCUUAGUCGUUCACGUCGAAGCUUUCCACUAUGGCAAGGACAUCCGCAGUUAGCGAGAAGCCGUGAAGGCGAAUUAGACACUAAAAUGGAUUUGAUCGUCCCAUGAACUAAGCUUGUUUCCGCCAUUCCUUUAAAUUAGCCUAUUCCUCCCCGCGCAUGUGUUACUUGACUAUGAUUUUCGUCAUUUGUUUUCAGAUGCUUGUUUGCGUUCCUUGAUCUGACCUGGAUCUUUUGGAGUCCUGGUUCGUUGUACCAAUAUGUUCUGGAGUUCAGAAAAGAAGCCUUCGUCGAUCGGCGAUGUCGAUAAUCAAGAUGCGGUUCCUGAAUAUCAUGGACCAGAUCCGGACGAUGUCGAAGUCUCAUGUCCGACACAUACCACCGAACGGAAACUCGUGAAUAAGAUCGACUUUCACGUCAUCCCGUUUCUCUGCAUCAUGUACCUCUUGGCUUUCCUAGACAGAGUUAAUAUCGGGAACGCCAAUGUCUUUGGCCUGUCUAAAGAGCUCCAGAUCGAUGAUGGCAAUAAAUACAAUACAGCGCUGACAAUCUUCUUCGUCCCAUACAUCAUAUUUGAGAUACCUUCAAACAUAAUGCUCAAGAAGUUCAAACCAAACUAUUGGCUUGGGGGCAACAUGUUUAUGUUUGGCGUCAUCACCAUGGCUCAAGGAUUUGUAAAAAACUACAGCGGGCUGCUGGCCACGCGGUUCUUUUUGGGAGUCUUCGAAACAGGCAUGUUCCCGGGAGCCUUCUAUCUCAUCGGGAUGUGGUACAAACGUACCGAAGCCCAGAGACGGUACUCGUUCUUCUUCAGUAGCACGACCCUCGCCGGUGCAUUCGGAGGUCUUCUCGCGUCUGCGAUAGGGAAGAUGGACGGAAUCAGGGGAUACAGUUCUUGGCGUUGGGUGUUUAUCAUCGAGGGACUGCUGACCGUCUUCGUGUCCGUAUUCUUCAUCUUCUGGUUGCCGACCUUCCCGGAAGAGUCGAAGUGGCUUAAAAACGAUGAACUUGCGUUUGUCAAGGCGCGAUUGCGGGCCGAUCAGGGCAAAUCCGGCGCCGAGCGCACCAUCACAUGGAAAGGUGUCGUGCGCGUCUUCAAAGAUCCCAAGAUCUUUGUGGGAGGCUUCAUGUACUUGGGAUUGAUCGUUCCGGCCUAUGGCUACGCUUACUUCAGCCCGACCAUCAUCAGUGGAUACAAGUAUUCGCCUAUCCAGACUCAGCUACACUCGGUCCCUCCGUACGCUGCUGCCUUCGCCCUGGCGAUGAUCAUUGCCUACAUCAGUGACAAGACUCAACAUCGCUUCGCAUUUACGAUAUUUCCAAUAUGUGUAGCAAUUGCCGGAUUUGGAAUCCUUAUGGGUAACCCUCCAGACACCAAAGCAAAGUACGCUGGACUGGUCCUGGUAGCGAUGGGGUGUUAUGCUGCAAUGCCCGUGAUCGUCUGUUGGUUCAACAUGAACCUCGGAGGCCAUCACCGUCGCUCCGUCGGCAGCGCGUGGCAGGUCGCAUUCGGCAAUAUCGGCGGUUUCAUCGCCACGUAUUCAUUCGUGACGAAAGAAGCUCCACGGUAUAUCACGGGAUAUUCCAUUAGCAUCGCGUUCGUCUGCCUUAGCGGCCUCAGCUGCACCAUAUAUUACAUUAUGUGCUUAAUAGCGAACCGGAAGAGGGACAAACAGCCAGUUGACCUGGGGCUCUCCGAGUAUGAGAAGACGGAGCUUGGAGAUCUAAGUCCCGAGUAUCGCUACCUCUUGUAAAUCACUCCAUAGUUAGAACUCAAAAAGACAAGUGGAAUGCAACAAGCGGGAAUUAAUCC